GACGAACGUGAUUUCACGACUGGAAUUUCCCAGCCCAUAACUGGGUUCGUUGAGCGUGACAAUUAACCACCUUGCAAUACAUCUAAUGCAUUGACUUGAAUGUUCGAAUUUCAGGGCGAGAACAGCACAAACUGAGUAAACAUACAUAAAUAUCACGCGUUUGUGGUCACAGCUCGCGCGUUUUCCCAAUUCGCGCAAUGUUGUCAUCAUAGGCUCACCUCUCGCAACGAGCCUCCGAUAUAUGGCAUUCUCUGGGGCAAACAAAUCGGCCCGGCGGGACCGUUGAAGGCUCCAAGAAUUGGCGUUUGCGAGUUAUGCAUCCAAGCCAUUCAAAUAUUAGGCCAUAACGCGCGCGUUAUACCUGGCGUGGGGAGGCCUGUGGCUAUUUUUCAUGUAUAUAAAGACUGGUGGUGAGCCACUUCUUUGGACAGUCCAGCCGCUUCAACUAUCUCUACCUAAACUACUUACAGGUGUUUCAUCAUGGUUCAAUUGACUCCCCUCGCUGUGCUCACUGCUCUUGCAGCCAGUGCCUCUGCCGUGCCGGCACCGGCCCACUACCUCGUCCCCAGGAAUGAGACCAACACCACGGUGAACCCAUGGGCGGGCAAGGACCGAUAUGUAGUCCAAAGCUUUGGAAAGAAGCUUGAACAGACUAUCUCAGCUUUCAAUGCACAAAACGACACAUUGAACGCAGCACGAACUCGCACUGUCCAGAAGAAGAUCUCCACCUUCACCUGGAUAACCACUCGCUCUGGUCUCUCCGGCAUUACCACUGCCAUCCAAGAAGCCCGCGCCCAGGCAGAGAUAUCUGGAAAGCGCGUUAUGGUCGGCCUUGUGCUGUACAACCUGCCCGACCGUGACUGCUCUGCAGGCGAAUCCGCCGGUGAGCUUUCUAGCAAGAACGACGGUCUACGCAUCUACAAAGAAGAAUUCGUAGACGAAUACGCUCGUCUCGUCUCUGACGCCGACGACCUCGACUUCGCCAUCGUUCUCGAACCCGACAGUCUCGGAAACGCAAUCACCAACCUGGGAGUUCCCUUCUGCGCAGAGGCUGUCCCCGUCUACGAGGAAGGCAUCGCGUAUGCCAUCUCCAAGCUCCAGUACCCCAAUGUCCAUCUAUAUAUUGACGCUGCCCACGGAGGAUGGCUAGGCUGGGCCGACAACUUGAAGCCCACGGCACAGAUCUUCGCAAAGGUCGUGGAGAUGGCGAAGAAGUUGAACCCGCUGGCUAAGAUCCGUGGCUACUCUACCAACGUGUCCAACUACAACCCCUUCGUCGCCAAGGUGCGCGAAAACUACACCGAGUGGAGCCCUUCAUGGGACGAGUCCAACUACGCAUCCUCGCUUGCGCCGUACGUUCUCGAGGAGGGACUUCCCGCGCACUUCAUCAUCGAUCAGGGCCGCGUAGCCGCACCCGGUGCGAGGGAAGAGUGGGGCGAGUGGUGCAAUGUUUCCCCCAGUGGCUUCGGCCCUAGGCCCUCGGAGACCGGCUACAACAACACAUAUGUUGACAGCUUGGUUUGGAUCAAGCCCGGUGGUGAGAGCGACGGUCGUUGCGGUCUUGAGGGCGCUCCUGCGGCUGGUGCUUGGUUCGAUGAGUACGUGCAGAUGUUGGUCAAGGAGGCUGACCCACCGCUUGAGCCUACUUACGAGUAA